GUCGUGCCGGCGUGAGGGGGAAAACAAAUGUGAGUGCAAAGACUGAAGUUACUGCACCUGCACCGUACCGGUUCCUCCUGAUUUGCUGCAGAAUUGUUUCUCGGUUCGGUUUCAAUGGAUCCGGUAAUUAGACGGAGACUGCCUCCGUCCGUGAGGAGUCUUCUGACAGACAUCGGCCCAAAGGAGGAGUGGACUGACACGGAGCCCGAAACGGUGACCAGAGAUGGCAUUCUGCUACCGCACAGAGGAGCUACAUCUGGGCAAGAAGAGCUUCUCACGCCUGCCAGGACCCAUGAGGAGGCUCCAGAGGAUGGCGGUAGCUCCAGGAGGAGUACAGUCUGCAUGUUGUGUAAAAGUAAACCUUCUUGCUACACCUGUCCCCGGUGUAAUCUGCAGUACUGCGGCUUGGCAUGCUACAAGAGCCCCGAUCAUUCUGCGUGCUCUGAGGAGUUUUACAAGGAGUCUGUUCUAGAGGAGCUGAAGGAAAUGGGGACAUCUGAGCCUGAGGGCAGAAAGAAAAUGCAGGAGAUUCUUAUGGGACUCAGACAAAAGGCAGAAAGGACACAAGGGGGAAUGGAGGGUUUGUUGAAAGAGGUGGGUGUUGUGUCUGAUGACACAGAUGAAGGCGAAGGAGAGGCAGCAGAGAAAGUUCAAGUUCUGGAGCUCCUGUCCAGGUUAGCAGAGCUUCAGCAGUCCAGAGAAGGGAGUGCUACAGAGAUUGAGGCUAUUUUGGGAAAACUUGAUGAGAUUGGAGGAGGUGAGCUGCUUCCCAGAGACACUGAUGAUGAUGAUGAUGCUGAAAGUGCACAAGGGGAGCUGGACUUGGCUGAUCAACUCUCGGGGCUGGAUAUUGACAAAUUAUCAGAAGAGGAGCUGUGGGAACUUCUCAACAGCAAAGAAAAAGAGAGGUUUAUGGGUAUGAUGAAGGAUGGAGCCCUUGGUGGGCUGGUUCCCCUUUGGAAGCCAUGGUGGGAGGAGCAUGAGGAGGGGGGCAGGGCACUGGUGGAAGUGCUUGAGGAAGAAGUGAGCAAACUGGAGAGAGAAACUUUGACAACUAUGGAUAAGCAGGAUAUUGAUAAUGGAGUCAAGACCUCACAAGUGGUUCAGAAACGAAGCAAAUCAAAGUUGAAAAACAUGAAGGGAGGAACCAAGAAGGAAACAAAUGAGGGGAAAGGAAGUUCAGCAGUUCCCCCAGUUUCUUCAAAAAUUCCAAAGUUGAGUUCCUUAUGUCCAAAUCCGUCUCCUCUGGUUUGCUAUGGUUUAGUGAAUGCACUUUUUGGCUAUGCUUUUACCCUGUUCCUGUUUAACGGUGACACUGAUUCACUGAGGUUUGAGUUUUGUGACAUGAUUCUUGCUCUGUCUGAAGCACUGAACUCGAGCAGGGUGUUCACCUCUCUCCAAGAGGCCUUAGGCUGUGGAGAAGCUCUCAUUUUAGGUGGAGGCUACCUCGACAAAGAAGACCCUCUUGCCCCAGCCAGGGCGAUGGAAGCUGUGGCUCACAUUAUGACUGGCAGAGACAGAAAGGAUGCUACAGGAUACUGCCUGGCAGCCCUAAGCCAGCUUCGCUCUGCGCUCUCUCAGGCCAAAACGGCCCUGCCGAAAGAUGGAGAGGAAGCGGAAAAGAGACAGAAGUACUUCCUGGCGAGCAAGAAGUGUGAAUUCUUUCAAGCCUGGGUGUUGGACAAUGCACAUCAAAUUCAUAGACUGGCUAUUGAGUUGUGGAACGAACACAGUAAAAGAGAGAAUGUAAGGGACAACAUGGAGAAAGCAAAGACUGUAGUUGAGAAUUUACAGAAGGGGCAGAAGAAAGCUAAUAGUAAGCUGAUUGAAGAACUGUGUUAAAGAAGACUUUGUUUAACAUGUUGAUGUAAAAGUUCAUGAUGUAAUACAUGGAAUCCUAUUAUUGUCUCAUAUUGUCAAAUUCAGCCACUAAAAAGUCACCGUGUGUCCAAAGAA